UAAACCUCUACAUGCAGAAAUCCAAAAAUAGCACACUCCUCUUUCCCUUCCCUCACAUCGAACGAGUGAUCGAUGGUGUAUCUUAUCACUCCUCCCCUCACCUCACCUUACCUGAGAACACCACCCAUUGCCGGAGUUGAUACCAAACAAGGAAUUCAUCAAUGGCAACGCAUACGGUGACGGAUCCACUAGAGGAGCUAUGGAAUCACACAAUGUCGAUGGACAAGACGCACCUGAUGUGCUUCUACCCGAGCAAGAUCACCAUGGGUGGCGUCUGGACGGGCGACAACCCGCUCGACUUCUCCAUACCUCUCCUCCUCUUCCAGAUCCUCCUCAUCACCUCCACCACCCGCGCCGCCACCCUCCUCCUCUCCCCUCUCCGCCUCCCCACCUACAUCUCCCAGAUCCUCGCUAGCUUCCUCCUUGGCCCCUCCAUCCUUGGCCACCUCCCUCACUUCUCCAACCUCGUCUUCCCUGUCCGUAGCCUCUUCGUCCUUGAGUCCAUGGCCCUCCUCGGCCUCGUCUACUACACCUUCAUCGUCGGCGUCGAGAUCGAGGUCUCCGCCAUCACCCGUGCCGGCAUCCAUAGCUUCGGCUUCGCUGUCGGCUGCGCGCUCCCGCCCUUCCUCGUCGGCGCCCUCACCGGCUACGUCGCGCUCAGCACUGACGACAAACGCAAGGGUGACACUUUCCUGAACAAGCUCUCCUUCCCCAUCUUCCUCGGCUCCACCUUCUCCUCCACCGCCUUCUCCGUCCUCGCCCGCAACAUCGCCGAGCUCAAGCUCGCCGGCACCGACGUCGGCCAGCUCACGCUCUCCGCAUCACUCAUCAACGACACCUUCGCCUGGACCGGCCUCACCGUCGCCACGGUGCUCGGCCACUCGCGCUGCACCAUCACGCAGACCACGUGGACGCUCACGUCGGGCGUCGUCAUCUUCGGCGCCAGCUACCUCCUGCUCCGCCCCAUGCUCCUGCGGCUGGCGAGGCGCGCCGCCGAGGGGGAGGCGGUCGGCGAGGACCGCGAGUGCUGGAUUCUGAUCGGCGUCAUGGUUGCGGCGCUGGUGGCGGACGCAGGGGGCACGCACGCCAUAUUCGGCGCCUUCGUGUUCGGCCUCGCCGUGCCCAACGGGCCGGUCGGGGUGGCGCUGGUGGAGAAGGUGGAGGACUUCGUGGUGGGUGCUCUGCUCCCGCUCUUCUUCGCCCUCAGCGGCCUCCGCACCGACACCGCCAAGAUCACCAACAUGCAUUCUGCCGUGCUGCUCAUGGUCGCUGCCAUGGUCGCUGCGGUCUUGAAGGUCGCCGCCGCAAUCGGCGUCGCCGGUGUGUUUGGCAUGCCACUCAGUGACGGCACGUCCAUCGGGCUGCUGCUCAACACCAAGGGGAUCAUCGAGCUCGUCAUCCUCAACAUUGCAAGGAACAAAGGGAUCAUGAGUGACCAGUCGUUCACGGUGCUGGUGUUCGUGUCGGCGCUGAUCACGGCGAUGGUGAGCCCUUUCCUGGGGAUGGUGGUGAAGCCGGCGCGGCGCCUCGUGUUCUACAAGCGGCGCACGGUCGCGUGGGCUCACCCGGAAUCAGAGCUCCGCGUGCUGGCCUGCGUCCACGUGCCGCGCGACGUGCCCGCGCUACUGACGCUCCUCGAUGUGGUGACGCCGUCGAGCCGGUCGCCCGUGGGCGUCCUCGCCCUCCACCUCAUCGAGUUCGUCGGCCGCUCCUCGGCGCUCCUCCUCAUCAAUGCCUCUGCGCCGUCGUCGUCCUCCUACGACGCCUCCGUCCACGGGCGCAGCCACACGGAGAUGCAGUUCAAGCACAUCUCCCACGCCUUCAUGGCGUACGAGGAGCAGUCGGUGGGCGUGUCGGCGCGCACCAUGGCCGCCGUCUCGCCGUACGAGUCCAUGCACGAGGACAUCACCUCCGCCGCGGAGAACCAGCACUCGGCGCUCAUCCUGCUCCCGUUCCACAAGUACCGGUCGGUGGACGGCGGCCUGGAGGUGUCCCACCCGGCGAUACAGCCGCUCAACUGCAACGUGCAGAGCUUCUCGCCGUGCACGGUGGGCAUCCUCGUGGACCGUGGCCUCGCCGCGGUGCCGGGUGGCGGGUACCGCGUGGUGGCGCUCUUCUUCGGCGGGAGCGACGACCGGGAGGUGGCGGCGCUUGCGACGCGCAUGGUGAGGAACCCGACCAUCGACCUGACAUUGCUCCGGUUCGUCCAGAAGGGAGGAAGCUUCACUGCAAGCGAGUUCGACGCGCUGAAAGAGCGGAAGGCCGACGAGGGGUGCCUGCGUGACUUCCUAGAGAGGGCGAACGAGGGCGGCGGCGCGACGGUGGAGUACAGGGAGCGCGGCGUGUUCAACGCGAGCGAGAUGGUGGGGGAGAUACAGAGCGUGGAGGCCAUGGGGAACAAGGACCUGUUCGUCGUCGGGAAGGUGCCCGGGGGGUCCGGGCUGACGGCGGGGAUGGCGGAGUGGAGCGAGUCGCCGGAGCUGGGGCCGAUCGGCGACCUGCUGGCGUCCAAGGACUUCCAGACGACGGCGUCGGUGCUGGUGCUGCAGGCGUACGGGAGGCCGGUGGCAGUGGUGGGAGCUGGAGCGGGAGCCAUGUCGGUGGAUUUUGGCGGCGACAGCGUGGCGAUGGCGGAGAGGACAGCCAGUGGGCGUAGGCCAUGGGCACGACCGGGUGUAUGAUCAUCGAUCAUCGGAGAAUUUUUCUUUCUAGAAUUGGUGACCGUUGAGAUAGAUGUAGGAAUAGCUGAUAAUAUGGUGUGGAUAAUUGCAUAUUAUGGUAUAAAAUUUAUACAUAGUGCAAAGCUUAAACAUAGUUCUUGGAAAAA